AAGUUGAGAGCUUCCGGGAAGUAGCCUCAGAGGAACACACUUGCUAGUGACAGUCGACUAACAGUAGCUAUUCAGAAGUGAAUGGUGUGUGUAGGCAGCCAGACCUCCCCAGAGUAAAUCUCUCUGCACCACCAUGAUCAACAUGUACCAGACCAACCUGCCUCCACCACCGAUCCCCCCCCGGCUAGGCUCUGUCAAGUCAGCACCAGGAACGGGCCACAACAAACCUCUCCUCGGGUUCCUCAUUGGUAUGAUAGUGCUCCAAAUGCUGCUACUACUGGGGGGAUUCACCUACCUGUACCACAAGGAAAACAAGUAUGACGAGGACUUUGAACACAAGUACCUGGAUGACAUGAUCGUCCUGAGGAGACUUGGGGAGUGUGAGAAAGACAGCCAGUCAGUGCUGGACUGUGAGAAGCUUGUGGAGAAAUACAAAAACAUAAUGGAAAAGGUCUCACAAGUUGAAGGAAAAGCUGUCAAACGCACUGGGGGUGUGCCCUCGUAUGGAGCCAUGGCACGCAUGAUAGUCAAGCAACCUGUCGUUGGUGCACUCCCUUCAUCGAAGUAUCUGGAGUGGAACAUAGGCCACUCAGUGCUGAGGAACGUCCAGUACUUCAAGUCCAGCUGGUUGAAGGUUCUGCAGCCUGGAGACUACGACAUUUACUCCCAGGUGGCCUUCUCCAAAUGGCACCCCAAAACCCCUCUGGCGAGCCGGGUGAAGCUGAGGAAGGGGGAGACAGGAAAGGAGAAGAACCUGAUGACAGCCUACUGCAGCCUGGGGGACCAGAACCGGACAGACGUGUGUACGGCCUUCCAGGGAGGAGUGUUCAGUCUGGAGCCUGAAGACCAGAUCUCUGUGUGGGUGACGGACCCCAGCCUGGUCAACUAUGAGGAGGGGACGACCACCUUUGGAUUAUUUAAGGUGUAGGCAAGACAUUACCUACAGUAUGGAGAGGAUGGACUGUAUUACUUUGGAUUAUUACUGUAUUGGAGUGAUGGGUGGAAUCAAGGCCCUGCGUGCUGUUGGAUUUGGUACAGGACUGAUAACAGAUCUGCUCAUGGACUACACCAAUUUGAACAUCUUUCUAAAAAGGCCUCGGUGAAAGGAAUCCCUGGAACUUAUUGCUGUUGAUUGGAUAACCUGCUCUCCCUGCCCCCACAAUGUUAGAUAUUAAUAUUAAUUUCUAAGAAUAUGGCAAUGACUGUGUAUUUAUUGUGACGGAUGGUGUCUGUAUAGUUAAUAAAUUAUUAUAUUUUAAUAAAAAAUGUGCUUGAUUAUUUAAAUGAAAAAUAACCAUCUCUAUGGUAGGUUUCCAAUUGGUUUAUCGCAUACAGUAUCGUCUCGGUGCUUGGAACUGACGCAACCCGUGAAACCUUUAUUUCCACAAACUCCACACAGCCCUGCCGUCAUAUAGACCAUUCCACUGCAGGGGUAGAGGGAGUCGUUGAGCAGCAUGGAAAGAACAAGUCUACAGAGCAGAGGUGCAGCGUACCCUGUCAGGAGAUGAAGAGAGAAGUGGCUCUCACAGGAUGUCAUCUUUACUCAGACAUUCCAUCCUGUCAUGGGUCUCUCUCAACAUACGCUAGUCACUGUAGCGUCUUCUAUGUACCUGUGCAAUCACCCAGAAGUGGAAAACAGGGUGGAACGCAGUUUACCAUUGGACUUUUCCAGCAUGAAUGAAAAACGGAUGAAUAACAGCGGAUCAAGUUUGAUUUUUAUUAAAAGAAUGGCCAUACUGAAAACAUGAAAGUGUGCCGCAACUAGAAGAAGAAACAAAAUGCCUUUACAAUAGAGUUAGAAUUUGGCAUCAAACCACUUUUU